AUGGUCUCAAGAGUUCUCUUCUGGUCCGGCUUCGGCAUCGCCGUGCGAGCAUGGCAGCUCGGCCUCGAGAUGCGACCCCUCUUCAACAAGAGCUCACUAUGGGCCUAUCCCGUCUUCGCUGCAUGCGGCGCGAGCUUCGGUUACUACAUGCAGGGCGUCGAUGACCGCCAGUCAGCAAUCCUGGAGGAACGAAAGCGGGCUAUCCUGGAGAAGAGGGCGAGGAGGGCGCUGAGGGAGGGCGAGACUGCUACCGCAUAG